AUGGAGGCCUAUCACCGCGUGUCAGGGGGCAGCUUGCGGCUGAAGGGCAAGAAGGGGGGCGACCUAAAAGAAAUUAAAAAGAAAGAGAGACGGAAGCGUAAGCGCGAGCAGCUGCUGCUGGAUCCUUCUGAAGCCUCAGCAGCAGCAGCAGCAGCUGCAGCAGCAGCAGCAGCAGCUGGCAAAGAAGACGCAGCAGCAGCAGCAGCCGCUGCAGCAGCCGCAGCAGCAGCAGCAGCAGCAGCAGCAGGCAGCAGCAGCUUGCAACAAGCAGAUAUAAUUGAAGGUACUGGGCGUAUUGUUGCUACUGGUGAAGUCGUUCAGGGUUUUAAUACAAAGUUUAGACAUGAAGUAGAAGAAGGAGACACGCUAUUGCUGCUGCACCCCGCAACUUUGCUGCAAGAGGAGGCGCUGGUUGUUGCUGUACAGACAGACCGCACGCUGCAUAUACACUCGGGCUUCACAAAAGACUUCAUCUCUACGACAGAGUUUAAAGUUAAGAAAACUGCAGCAGCAAAUAGAGCAAAAGCUGCUGCUGUUGCUGCUGCACGUGCUGCACGCGCUGCAACAGCUGCAGGAAGCACCAACAGCAGCAGCAGCAGUCAUGAGACACCCGAGGGCGGCGACCCUGAGUCAGCAGCAGCAGCAGCAGCAGCAGCAGCAGCAGCAGAACUGAAGAAGAAGAUGAAGAAGGCAGGAAGGGUUGUCUCUGUUCGAGAAAAGAAGGGGAUGUGGGGAUACACCGUAAAACAAAUAAAAUCAAAAGACGAGCUCUCAGCAGAACAGAAGCUUGACUUGAGGUGUAAGCAAGGAAGAGACAAAUUCUGCUGGUAA